AUGGGACAAACGUAUAUUCUUGUGGUUACAACUCAUAUCAGCUCCGAAAUAGGAAGUUUCUCAGUCUCCGCUGAUGGACCCGGCUCCGUCGGUCUUACGUCCAUCACUCCAUCAACAAGUCAACCAAUAAUAACAUUAUCUACUGCACCGCCAAUGUCAUCAUCCUUUGCGGGUGCACUGUCAUCCAGCAGUCCAAUAUUCUAUCGACCUAAUAGUUUCUCAGAUGUUACAACACAUUCAGAUUAUGAAACAGCAAGUUUCUCAAUCUCUGCUAUUGGACCAGCCUCUGUCGGUCUUAUGUCGAUCACACCAUCAACAAGUCGGCCAAUUGUAACACCGUCUACGGCACCUUCUGUAUCAUCGUUGUAUGCUGGUACACUAUCAUCUAGUAGUCCAGUUUUUAUUCGACCUAACAGUGUCUUCGAUGACUACAGCUACUUUCAGGCAAUACAGCAGACAACAUUUGUAACUUGUUUUAUGUAUCGAACUUAA